AUGGCGUGCGGUGUGCUCGCAGUCUUCUGGCUGAGCUUCGGCAUGUUGCAGCUGCCGACAUUGAACCUCGCUGAGCCGUACACCGCUACCGAUGGCGGUCCUGCCGGCACACUCUCGAUAGCGUUCAACGCCGUCAUCGCCCUGUAUCUGAUUGUCUGGGGUUUUGCCAUACUUACCUUCUUGAUCCUCUCCGUCAAGACGAAUUUGGUCUUCAUGUCCAUUUUCCUUUUCGUGACUGCCGGUGCCUGGAUUCUCAGCGGUGCUUACUGGAAGCUCAGUACUGGUGACUACAGCGGGGCAGAGACCUUGCAAAAGGCGGGCGGCGCAAUCAUAUUUGUUGCAGGAGUGUUAGCCUGGUACAUGACGGUGGCGAUGAUGAGUGCUGAGAUGCAGUUCUCUGUCUGCCUUCCCGUUGGUGACCUGGGUCGCUUUUGGACAAAGUCCGGAACAGAAACGAGAAGUGCAGAGGAUGAGGCUUAG